UUGCCCUAGGGGUAAUUAGUGUCCUUGGAGUUAAAUAAGCUAAUACUUAGACACCUCUGGCACAAGCAAUUAUGUUUGUGUAUUGAAUAAUUGAUUCAAAGAGGGGGGAAGGGCUGCUAAUCAGAUCUGAGCAUAAUGAAUUGAUUUAAUUAACAGGGGAAUCCGAGGGUCUCUGGAAACUGCGCGCAUUUAUUCAGCGGUAGAAAGGCGAGAGCGCGGCACACAAACUGGGAGAGAGGCGGCGCGAGUUUGCUUUUAGCAGUUGUCAGAUUCGCAAUUGGAUUUGUUUGAAUAUAUAGAUGCCGUUUCGGAGCAAAUGAGAAGGCGAAAGGGAGAGCAUUAACACCGAGAGAGGAGAGAGCUCAGCUGGUCCGAGCGUGUGGUCCGUCCUUGCGUGUGAACUCCUUUACGCAGAUUUACUCUAGAUUUAUCUCGCUUUUCAUUGUUUUUUUUUUUUUUCGUGUCAUUUUUUUAAAAUUAAAAAUUCGCAUGGAAUUUAUCAAGGGCAACCAACGCGGUGUUUAUUUGCAUUACAGCUCAGCCCGAAAAGAGGGUUUUCGUCGUGUUUAUCGCUGCAUUCCGUGUGUGAAUUAUUAUUGAUAGGAGGUGCAGAAAGCGAUACGUCGUUCCAGGUUUUCUCCCCCCUACUCCCCUUUUUUGGUUUAGCGAGGCUUAGUCUAGUACUCAGCCGCGCGUUUCAAAGCAAUUUCCAGGAGAAGUGGUGAGAAGACGGAGCAGUGCAGCCUGCUGGAGCCGAGGACGGAUCGCCCGGGGAAGGACUCCUCGUUCCUCAGGACGAUGGUGUUGGACAAGGAAGAGGACUGAAAAACAUGUCUUUGGGUUCAAUUGAGGAGAUUUUUGGAGCCGAGCUUCACAUACAAUAGAAAGACAUCUGCAUCAAAUCUCUAUUAACCGCAGUGGCCGACACCUUGGCCCUGGGACAACAUUUUAUUUGGGAUUGCCAUGGCCAUAGCGAUUACAGUGGUUGCUGAAAUACAACGGACUUGAAUAAAUUGGCGCCUGAAGGCUGUAAACUCAUGAGGGACGAUUAAAGUUAUGGUGUGCCGAUGCUCUCUGUCCAGCCCAAAGGGAAGCAGAAGGGGUGUGCUGGCUGCAAUCGGAAGAUUAAAGACCGCUACCUGCUCAAGGCCUUGGACAAAUACUGGCAUGAAGACUGUCUCAAAUGUGCCUGCUGUGACUGCCGCCUGGGGGAGGUGGGCUCCACCCUGUACACGAAAGCUAACCUCAUCCUCUGUCGCAGGGACUACUUGAGGCUCUUUGGUACAACAGGGAACUGUGCAGCCUGCAGUAAACUGAUCCCAGCCUUUGAAAUGGUGAUGAGAGCCAGAGAUAAUGUUUACCAUUUGGACUGUUUUGCCUGUCAGCUUUGUAACCAGAGGUUUUGCGUUGGGGACAAGUUUUUCCUAAAAAACAACAUGAUUUUGUGUCAAAUGGACUAUGAAGAGGGCCAAAUGAAUGGCAGCUUUGAGACGCAGGUUCAAUAGUUGAUGGCAGCAACAAUCAGAUCCACACUUUAUACACAAGAUGGAUGUUCUGCUGCACUUGGAACAAGACAAGCAUCCGUCUGCUUGCCUGCAAUACUUUUUAACUCCCCUUUCUCGGAUCCUUCCCUCCCACCCCACCCACCUCAAGGACUCUGUUAUAAAUGUUCAACUUUUUGCCCCUACCACACCAUGCCCACCCAACACUGAGCAGUUUUAAAUUUUGAUGUACAGUUGUGCCUGCUAUGCUGAGCACUGUAUUGCUUGUAUGUUUUGUGAAAUUUUUUUGAUGUUUUCUGUUUCUUUUAGAAAUGGUUCACUGGAGGGUAUGUACAGUCUGUUUUCUCUGUAUAUAUAAACUGGAACAUUUAUUUUAUGAAAUGUAAUGCAAUUUUAUUACUAGUGUGAAUUAAAGAUUCCUAAAUGUUAAUAGUGAGUUUUUUGUCCUCCUACUAAAACGAAAGUUGAGGGACGUUGCCCAUGUGUUGAAAAAAAUCAAAUAACUGACAAUGCUAUAAAAGCUUGGCAGAUAUAUUUAAACAUCUCUCAUGAUGCUUAAAAGGUUUUAUUACAUUUUGAAAACUUCUGAUGAAAUUGGAAAUGCUGUUUAAAAUAAACUAAGCACGACUUUAUUUGGAAUAAAAGAAUGAUU